AUGUCAAAAGAUGAAAUUCAGAUAUUAAAAAAUUCUAUUGGGGAAUUUAUAUCAAUAAAUUCAUUUUUUUCUACUAGUCUUAAUUAUGAACAAGCUCGAGCAUUUCUUUAUUCUUCUAAGGAUAAGAUCAUCGAUGAUAUUGAACAAGUUUUUUUUGAAAUCAAUGCUGAUUCUCGAUUAGAUAAAUUGAAAGCCUUUAGUAAAAUUCAUUCAUUAAGUUAUUUUUCAGAAGAAGAAGUUCUUUUUAUGCUUGAAUUUAUUUUUCGACUUGAGAGUUUUGAAUGUGAUAAUGAAGGAAUAUGGAAUAGUCGAAUGGUAUUAUGUUUUGAACAUGAACAUAGAUUAGAAACACUUUUUCAACAUAUGAAAAAUGAAUUCGAUAGUGGAGAAACAAAUAUUCUUGUCUUUAGUCGUCUAUUACGAAAGAUGAUAUUGCUUAUUAUUUAUCAACACAAACGUAAUUAUAAUCUUGCAUUAGAAUCAUAUGAGAAUGCAUUGACUAUUUGGAAAGAAGUUUUUGGUGAAGAUCAUCCUCAUGUUGCUAUAUGUCUUAAUAAUAUAAGUAAUGUGUAUCGAAAUGAAAAGAAAUAUUCUAAAGCAUUAGAAUGUGUAGAAAAAGCAUUGGCUACUUUUCAAAAACAUUUUCCCACUGAUCAUUCAGAUUUAAUUUCACCGUAUGGAAGUAUUGGUAAUAUUCAUUUAUGUCUUAAUCAUCAUAACCAAGCAUUACAAUAUUAUAAUCUUUCAUUGAAAAUCUAUGAAAAAUGUCAUCCAUCUCAACAUCCUGAUAUUGCUAUAACACUUAGCAAUAUUAGUAGUAUUUAUGAAGAUAAGAAUGAAUAUCAACAAGCACUUGUUUAUCUUGAACGAGCAUCAGAUAUUUAUCAACAUUUGUUACCUUCAACACAUGCGAAUGUUAUUCAACUUGAACAGAGUAGUAAACGUGUUUCAGUAGAAUUAAAAUAA